AUGGUGCAAACACGCUCCGGAAAGCAGACACAGAAGAACGUCCGAAGAGCACCCGUCGUGGCAUUCGACGAUGCUCAGAUCACGAGCAUGAUUCCCAACCAGCCAGCCCGUCCCAAGGCGGAAACGAGGCCCUUGGGCAGACACCCAGCCGAUUGCACUAUUGAUUUGAGGAAUUUAUCCGCGGCGCUCCGAACGAUGGAUCUCCAGAACACCAAGUCAUUUUUGGGGGAGGGAACCCCAGACGAUACCACCGCAGCAUCUUCCCAGCCCUUGGACAACAUCCCGUCGCUUUUCGACGACACUAGCUACUUGGCGCCUGAUUUCAACCCUACCACCCUUAAGAUACCAACGCUCCGCAAUGUUCUUCUACGCCACAACAUCCCGUAUUCGCCUACGCAGACCAAAAGUGUCCUUAUCGAAAUUUUUAUAAGUGAAAUUCAGCCUCGGGCGGCUGCAACUUUGGCAGCGAUGGCUAAGGUGCAGAGGGACGAGAAGGGCAUCGUGGAUCGUUCGUCUUCGGUCUUCAAGGGCGUUUGUCGUCUUGCCCGAGGCCAGACGCGCGCGUACCCGGGCCACCCCGAGAUCGAGCUCGCCCUGCUGCGCUUCCACUCCGCCACCAGCAGCCGCAACACCUACGACCUCGCGUACUUCUUCCUCGAGGAGCGCAGCAAUCCGCGCAGCCAGGACGGCAAGCACUUCUACGACUGGGAGGCCGCGCCCAUAGACCGCUCCUUCUGGUACUGCCAGGCCCACGCGCCGAUCCUGCAGCAGAAGACCGUCGAGGGCCACGCCGUGCGCGCCAUGUACCUCCUCACCAUGAACUCAAUAAUCCGGUGA